AUGGAUCGUGAGUCUGAUCUAUUCAAAGUGGAUCGCACACCUCCUCGUGAGCAAGAGCAAACGCAUCCUGCACUUCAAAGUUUUGCUCAGCAACGACCAUCAAUCAACGCACAUCCAAUACCACAACUUCAUAUGACACCGCCCUUUCGACCACUUCUACCUUCCGGCUGGACUGAACAUCGUGCUCCUAAUGGACAGUUUUAUUACUACAACGCUGCGACAGGUCAAAGUACCUGGGAAAGGCCGGCGAUGGCUCCACCUCCCCCUCCCCUUGGCCCACCUCAUAUGAGCGGUGGUAUAGUUUCGCAUUCAUUUCAGCAGAUGCCUACAGUUAUGUCAUUACCGAUUCAACAGCAAAACUUUCCGCUUCAACAUCAAAAGGAACCUCCUAAAGAGAAAACAAAGAAGGAAAAGGCAAAAGUAAAAAAACCAAUUCCAGAUACAAAGUGGUCCAUUGUCACUACAACAGAAGGUAAUGAGUUUUAUUUCAAUUCCGAAACAAAACAAUCUGUAUGGCAAGUUCCAGAGGAAAUUGCGGAUGCAGUUAAAACAUUUAAAGAAUCAGAAGAAAAGGAAGCUCAAGCAUUACAAGAUACUAUUGGAGUCAAAAGAAAAGCAAAUGAUGAAGAGCAAAUGACCGGUGAGGAGGUGAAGAGAGCUAAAGGAGGAGGCAUAGAAAAUGCAGAAAAUGAAGGAACAGAAUUAACUGAGGAAGAUAUUGCCUUUCAACUUCAAUUUAUGGAAGAACAAGAACGGCAAGAACUAUUGUCUACAACUGGUAGUGGCGAUUCAGGUGAUAAUGAUAAUUUUGCCAUGCAUGAGAUAGGUGAUGAGGACUCUCAGGCGCAAAUUAAAGAUAAAGACAAAGAAUUAGAACUUUCGCCUGAAGAACGUAUGCUAAUGUUCAAAGCUCUUUUGAGGGAUAUGGAUGUAUCACCAUUUGCGAUGUGGGAAAAAGAAUUGCCAAGGAUUAUACAUGAUCCAAGAUAUACAUUAAUUACAACAUUGAAACAGCGAAAGGAAAUUUUUGAUGAAUAUUGCAAAGAACGAGUUGUGGAAUUAAGGGCUGAAAAAAGCAAUAAAGCAAAAAAUUUAACUGCCAAAGAAGAGUAUUUGGGACUUCUUGAAGAGGAAACAUCUCACCGUUCUCAUUGGGAUUCCUUUAGAAAAAGUUUUAAAAGAGAUCCGAGAUUCAAAAAUUUCUCGGAUGAUAAAGAAAGGGAAAGGGUAUUCCGUAAGCAUAUCCAUGAAUUGAAAGAGAUGGAAGCAGAACGUAAGAGAAUACAACAAAAAAAGGCACAGGAAGAUUUCAUGAAACUUUUGAGAGAAAUAAGAGAAAUAAAGCCUGAUUCUAGUUGGCGCAAGGUAAAGCGCUUGAUUGAUGAUGAUCCACGAUAUAUUGCAGUUCAAUCAUCAAGCUUAAGGGAGGAAUUAGAAGAGACAAGUUUAAAGAAUAGAGAAGCCCAAGUGAGAAGUGAGAGGCGAUAUCAGAAUUAUGAUAGGAAUUCUGCAAAGAGAAAAGCGAUGCGUGAAAAGUCUAUUCUUGCAUUCCAAACGCUUUUAAUUGACUUAGUGCGGACUCAUGAGACCACAUGGGACGGCAAGAAACAUAGUUUAGAACAAGAUCCACGCUUCCACGGUGAAGGACUCGAAGAUAAUGAUAGAGAACGUCUUUUUAAUGAUCAUGUUGAUGAUAUAUACCAAAAACGCCUAAAAUUAUAUCAUCAACUUCUCAGUCAACAUGUAAAACUAGAUACCACUUGGAUUGAGAUUCAACCAAUUAUUAAAGAAGAUCCACGUGCAGUGCGUCUUUCAAAGAAUGAGACUCUGUUAGAAGAGUUAUUUGAUAAAUACUUGGCUAGAGAGAUUGAAAAGGCUAAAAGAGAAUUUUUAGAACUCUUGAAAGAAAAUCAAUUCAUAGAAUAUAGGACACGCAUGGUUCAAUUAUCAGAGAACGGCGCAAAAGACGAAACAGGUGCAGAAAAAGAGAAAGCUCGUGGGUUGACUAAAGAAGAAGUUCAUGAUGUGCUCAAGGAGGAUAAUCGAUAUUUGGUUUUAAACCAUAUGCCCGAAGUCCGUGAUGAAUUAAUCGCGGAAUAUAUGAAUAAUUUUGAAGCUCCAAAAAUGACUGUGCAUCAAGGGCGUGAUUGA